AUGGCCCUGCAGAAGCUACUCGACGAGCCCAAGGGCAAGACAACUUACUAUCCCAGACAGGCAUUUCUGCUCCAUGUCUUUUGGGAAGCUCCGAAUCAGUCUGCUGCUGAUAAAGUCCUGGACGCGCUCCAGCGCUGCUCAAAAGCUACAUGCCGUGACACACCUUGCGUACCGACAUAUUAUUUCCGCCGCUCCGCACUUGAUGCCAGCUUGAUCCAUGAGAAACCCCUUACGGUUGGAGACCAUCCUCAGCUGCGAGAUGCGCUAAAAAGAAUGAAAGUUGGUGUCCCGAAACCUGCCAUCCAAGCCGACCUAGUGCGUCGGGGCCUCAAUCCAGACCUACUCGAUAUGGACCCCGCAACUCCUUUGCCGCAAGCAAUGCAACAAACGCCGGUCAUUCUCGAAUUCACCGAACUAUACUUGGAUGAGCGGUCCUUCUACGAGCAUGCAGGGUCCAAGGAAUAUCUUGCGGCUUAUGGCGAGGUGAUCGCCCCUGGAUUGCACAACAGGCAAACAACCGUCCGCCUCGGCUACCCGACUGCCGAAAUUAGGGACAGAAUACUUGCACCAAUGCUCAAGGAGCAAGUGGAGCCCCUCCAAGACCGUUGCGUGCUUUGGCGACGACCUCCUGUCAAACCGCAGUCGCCCACCCUGCUCUCAAUGGACGUCCCUGGAGCCGCUAAGCAUGCUAUGGAAAUAUUGCCAGACAGCCUUCACCAACUCAGCACAACACUUGUCGCGUUUCCCCACCCUCUUCGGGAGGGUCGGGUUCGAGUCUUGGCUAUUCUGCCCCUUUUACCGGACAGAAGAUUGUUUCAGGAGCUCGCUAAUGUUACCCUCAACGGAAUUGAAGUGCAUUGCGAUAAAAGCCAUCUAGAUAUCGUACAAAAUGAUAUGGCUCUGGUGGAUUUCAGGUGUCUUCAUGUCGUUCAGGAGGUCAAAUGUGGAUACCUUAUUCAUGACAAGGCCGAGACUGUGGACGAAAUUAAUGAUCAAAGUGGCCUAAAAUCUGGGACUUAA